CUCCCUCCCCUGAAACCCUAAUCCUAAACGACGAGGGAGGGAAGAAGUGGGGCCGCAGGGCACCGUAUCAACCCUAUAACUGGAAACCGGUCCAAUUGUCUGUGUCAAUGAUUGGACCGGCCUGAAAAGGAGGAAAGAAUAGAGUCGGACCGGUGGUUCUUCUGGUUCACAGCCCGAUCAGGUUUGGAAAACAAUUCUACUUCACCUCUGUCCACCUUAAACCCUACCUCCCGAGAAUCCUAUUCCCUUCCCGUCGCCUCCUUCCGGCGUGGAUUGGGAGCCCGUGAUUCCUCGCCACCUCGGUUCCGUCCAAGUCCCUCCUUUAUUUUCUCCCUUCCGAGUGACACCUGGUAUAUCAUCAUGUUCGUGUCACGGGUUUUUGGAAGAGUGCUGUAUGCUGCAGCCAAGUCAGAGUCUUCUGCUGCUUCUACAGCUUCCGCUGCUGCUGCUGCUUCGGCUUCUGCUAAGAAAUUGCACAAUCCUCUUCAGGAAUUUUUUGAGGUGGAUAGAAGAACAGAUGAUGAGAAGCCUGUUGUCUACGGUCGUAGCUGGAAAGCUUCUGAAUUGCGUCUCAAAUCCUGGGAUGACCUUCACAAGUUAUGGUAUGUUCUUUUGAAGGAAAAGAACAUGCUAAUGACUCAGCGCCAGAUGCUUAAUGCUCAGAACCUACGUUUUCCUAACCCUGAACGCAUUCCCAAGGUAAGGAAGUCAAUGUGCCGAAUCAAACAUGUUUUGACUGAGAGAGCAAUUGCUGAGCCUGAUCCGAGGAGGUGUGCUGAGAUGAAGAGGAUGAUUAAUGCCCUGUGAUGCCUUAUUGUUUUCCUUCCUCCAAGUUUUAAAUCAUCUCAAAGUGUUGUUUGUAAAUGAGAUACAACUGGUGGUAAAAACCCUUUGUUUUACUAUUCUUUCUUUCAGUUGGGAUACUUUUACUUGCUAAAAUGAAAAUUAUUGCCGGACAUGUGCGCCGGAUUUAAAGGGUAUCUUGCAUUUGAGAAAUGAUGAUUAAGUGCACUUGAAAUAUGCCCAGAAACAA